UUUUGGAAGGGGGCAGGGAUAAAACCUGGGACUUGAAUACCCGGCGAGGCACACAACGCGAGGAAGAAAUCGGGGUUCCUGGAUGUCGGGUAAUCGGGGGUGGGCAGGAGCUCCGCAGGCUCAUCGACCAAGUCCUGGACCCGUUGCACUAAAAUUGGACAUAUGCAAAGGGGAGACUUGGGACCUGGCGCUCUAAAUCGGGGAUCGGGGUGUGUUCUCGGGCUUGGUCUUCGGGUCUCGUUCAGAGGCCCCCUGACCCCGAGUGAGCGCCAUGGCUGAAGCACACCAGGCCGAGGGCUUCCCAUCCUCGCUGACCGCGGACGGGGCGGAGGCGGAGCUCGGUGCCCCGGUGCUGCAGGACAUCUGCCUCUCCGGACUGCGCUCCUGGAAGAGGCAUCUCUCCCGUUUCUGGAAUGACAUCCUCAUGGGUGUGUUCCCUGCCAGCCCUCUCAGCUGGCUCUUCCUCUUCAGUGCAAUCCAGCUUGCUUGGUUCCUCCAACUGGAUCCUUCCCUAGGACUGAUGGAGAAGAUCAAAGAGUUGUUGCCGGACUGGGGUGGACAGCACCACAGGCUUCGAGGGGUCCUGGCAGCAGCACUGUUUGCAUCGUGUCUUUGGGGAGCCCUGAUCUUCACACUUCACGUGGCCCUGAGGCUCCUUCUCUCUUACCACGGCUGGCUCCUUGAACCCCACGGAACCAUGUCGUCACCCACCAAGACCUGGCUGGCCCUGGUCCGCAUCUUCUCUGGCCGCCACCCCAUGCUCUUCAGUUACCAGCGCUCCUUGCCGCGGCAGCCCGUGCCUUCGGUGCAGGACACCGUGCACAAGUACCUGGAGUCUGUCCGGCCCAUCCUCUCGGACGAGGACUUCGACUGGACCGCCUUCCUCGCGCAGGAGUUCCUGAGGCUGCAGGCAUCCCUGCUGCAGUGGUACCUGCGGCUCAAGUCCUGGUGGGCGACCAAUUACGUCAGUGACUGGUGGGAAGAAUUCGUGUACCUACGAUCCCGGAACUCGCUGAUGGUGAACAGCAACUAUUAUAUGAUGGACUUCCUGUAUGUCACCCCCACGCCGCUGCAGGCCGCCAGGGCAGGGAACACGGUCCAUGCACUCCUCCUAUACCGCCACCACCUGAACCGCCAGGAGAUCCUGCCAGUAAGAGGCUGUGGGGGCUGGAGGGUUGGGGUGCUGGAGGGAGGCUGGGGGACCACGUGGCCCUGGAGGCGGGUCUCCAGCCCACGUGUCCCGCAGACUCUGCUGAUGGGGAUGAGGCCCCUAUGCUCUGCCCAGUAUGAGAAGAUAUUCAAUACCACGCGCAUUCCUGGAGUCCAGAAAGACCACAUCCGCCAUCUCGGGGACAGCAGACACGUGGCCGUCUUCCACCGGGGCCGGUUCUUCCGCGUGGGGACCCACUCCCAGAGCGGCCUGCUCUCCCCACGAGCCCUGGAGCAGCAGUUUCAGCGCAUCCUGGAUGACCCCUCCCCCGCCUGUCCCCGGGAGGAGCAUCUGGCCGCCCUGACCGCAGCUCCCAGGGACAUGUGGGCCCAGGUGCGGAGUUCGCUGAAAAGCCAGGCACAGGACGCCCUGGAGGCUGUGGAAGGGGCCGCAUUCUUCGUCUCGCUGGACUGCGAGCCCGCGGGACUCAGCAAGGAGGACCCCGCCGCUUCCUUGGACAGCUACGCCCACGCCCUCUUGGCCGGCAGGGGCCACGACCGCUGGUUUGACAAAUCCUUCACCCUAAUUGUCUUCUCCAACGGGAAGCUGGGCCUCAGCGUCGAACACUCGUGGGCCGACUGCCCCAUCUCGGGACACAUGUGGGAGUUCACCCUGGCCACGGAAUGCUUCCGGCUCGGCUACUCGGCGGACGGCCACUGCAAAGGCCACCCGGACCCCACGCUGCCCCAGCCCCAGCGGCUGCACUGGGACCUUCCAGACAAGAUCCAUCCAUCCAUCUCUCUAGCCCUGAGGGGAGCCCAGACCUUGUCUGGAAGCAUCGACUGCCAUGUCUUCCCCUUCUCCCACUUCGGCAAGAGCUUCAUCAAACACUGCCACCUCUCCUCAGACAGCUUCAUCCAGAUGGCCUUGCAGCUGGCCUACUUUCGGGACAGGGGUCAAUUCUGCCUGACUUAUGAGUCGGCCAUGACUCGCUUGUUCCUGGAAGGCCGGACAGAGACAGUGCGAUCUUGCACUAGGGAAGCCUGCAACUUUGUGCGAGCCAUGGAGGAUGGAGAGAAGACGAUCCCACAGUGCCUCGCCCUGUUCCGCUUGGCGGUGGACAAGCACCAGGCCCUGCUGAAGGCAGCGAUGAGUGGACAGGGGGUCGACCGCCACCUCUUCGCACUCUACAUCGUGUCCCAAUUCCUCCACCUGCAGUCGCCCUUCCUGGCCCAGGUUCACUCGGAGCAGUGGCGUCUGGCCACCAGCCAGAUCCCUGUACAGCAAACGCACCUGUUUGACUUCCACAAUUUCCCCGACUACGUCUCCUCCGGGGGUGGAUUCGGGCCGGCCGACGACAACGGUUACGGUGUUUCUUACAUCUUCAUGGGGGAUGACAUGAUCACCUUCCACAUCUCCAGCAAGAAAUCAAGCACAAAGACGGACUCACACCGGCUGGGGCAGCACAUCGAGGACGCCUUGCUGGACGUGGCCUCCUUGUUCCAGGAGGGACAGCGUCUUACUCGUGGGUUCAGAGGGCUCAGGGAGAACUUGGGGCACAGGUGUAACUCUCCCUCACCUCACAUUAGGGCCUCCAGGGUCACCACAUCCACCAGCACUUGAGCCCUUCCAGAGGGGAGCUGGUCUCCCCCGGAACUAAGGGGAUGGUCGCUGUGGCAGGACAGACCGCCUGUUUGAGUUUGGAAAUCCCACAUCUGCCCAAUAAAGGUGCGUGAGCUGGAGCAGGUGUGUGGCGUGCACUGUGCCGGCCAGUUGGGCGCAGGCUGGAGAGGAGAGGGCAGGAGUAGGAGAGCGCCCCGCCACCUCCGGGCUCAACCCGGAAUCCCCACUUACAAUCACAGCUGCACCCCAACCCCCACACCUGCCCAGUGAGCAUCAUUCCAACUCCUGCCACACCCACCCCAAACAUCCAGCGACCGCCCCAUCCAGCCCCAAUCCCGUAAACCCACAUAUUCUCAUCAGACCCGGACUCCAACAGAGCACCCCAAAGCCGCCUCCCAAACCAAAGAUCUGACACCAGUUCAGCCACCGCCACAGACACGUUCCCAGAGAACCCCUCUUCCCAGAGAACCUCUCCAGAUAUUAAUGGCCCAUCCCCAGCCAGGUCAACCUCCACCUCCAUGACGGCUUCAGCCCUCAUGACUGGGACAUGCGCCGCCCAACGCCCGUCAGGCGAGCGACAGCCGCGAUCCCAGCCCGCCGCGCGUCCAGCCCCAAACUCCACCCACCCCGCCAGGCGGCCCAUCAGAGCGCCAUCACCCAGAUCCAAGCUGGAUCCAGAGUUAUGGCUUCCAGCAGCACAUAACUUGACCACAGCCCCACUCCAACCCCUGCCAAUGAGCCAAGAUACCCCGGUGCUGGGGUGGG